AAACACACACACACACCAACCAGGCUUUUCGUCUGUAGCGUUUAUGUGAGUGUGCCGGUGAGUACCCGGCUGUGUAACUUGAUAGGGGGCAGAGAAAGAGAGCGAGAGAGGAGGAAUAAGGGAAUGCUGAGCUGCAAUGGAGCAGAAUACCAUACAGUGGGUAGGCCCUCCUUGCUGCCGGCGAGGCACCUUUGCUUUCUACAAGUCAGUGUGCCACAAGCCGGAGGCUGGGGCCCCUGUUAAGGCCUGGACACUGGGGGAGUUCUACUAUGUUCGCUGUGGCCCCCAGGAGCCCAUUUGCAUUGCAGAGGUCACCCUGUUGUGGGAGGACCAGAAACAGGGCCACCUCCUUGCCAGCUCCAGACUCUACUUUCUCCCGGAGGACACCCCCAAGGGCAGGACUGGGGAGCACGGAGAGGAUGAAGUCCUUGGUUUGGCAAGAAAGGUAAUCAUCAGAGUGGAAGACUUGGUGAACUGGACCUGCCUAGAAACACCUCUGUGGAAAGGAAGUUGUCAAAAGAGCAACGGCAACCACAUACCUGACCGUCCUUUAAGCGAACCACAGGAAGUGAAAACUGAGGAUGCUUCUCCAGCAAAACAGCAGAGAGUGAAGGUGCUGAGUUACCCUCAGUACUGCCGCUUCCGUUCUCUGCAGAAGCGCACCCAGAACCAGACUGGCUCCUCGGGUUUGCAGGAAAGUCACCUGUUGGCUUUAGGAGGACUAAAAUUGGCCCUGGACAACACUCGAGUCAUGUACUGCAGGGACAUUUUCAACCAUCCGACUAUAGGCACCAGCCCAAGUUUAAUAGCUCAGUUUGGAUGCACUUCUCUAAGCCUAAAAGGACGACCACGAAAAAGAAAGGGGCGGGACGGCAGUGUCAGCGAACAGAAUUUCAGUCAAUCCGAUUCAUGGGGAGAGAAAAUGAAGGAACAUUUAAUGGGCGAUAUGGAGAUGGCAUGGGAGGGGUGUUAUCUCCCCCAUCCUGAGGAGCAGCUCUUUCUGGACCGGCUCUUUGUCUUCAUGGAGCGCAGGGGAUCUCCCAUCAGCAAAGUUCCCAAUUUGGGCUUCAAGAAGAUUAAUCUCUUCCGUAUGUACUCCGUUGUGAAAAAGCUGGGUGGUUAUGACACGGUGACAUCUCGGCGCUUGUGGAAAACAGUAUACAAUGAGUUGGGUGGGAGCCCAGGCAGUACGAGUGCUGCCACUUGUACCAGGAGGCAUUAUGAAAAGUUGAUGCUCCCAUAUGAGCGACACAUAAAGGGCGGGAAUCCGGAGCUGAGCAAGCCUAAAGCUACAGUAACUUCAGCUGCAGCCAUCAAGAAACCUGUGCGUGGGAAAGCAGCACAAGGCACCACCAAGAAGAAUAAGGUCACAAGUCAGGCAAUCCCACCAGAUGGCGUGGUGGUGGUUCGAAAAAGAGGAAGACCACCUGGUAAAAGGAAUACUAAAGUCCUGCCUAGGGGCAGAGUUGGAAGACCACCUUUAAUUGCAAAACCCAGCAAGGAGCUGGUAGCAAUUAAAGAAGCAACCAUGCCUGUUUUCCAGCAGAUAAGGGUUUCUCAUCCACCAACACUAAUCGCUCAGAUUCUGCCCCACCAUCCUAAAGUGAACCAACAAGUGAAGAUAGAGCAUGGACCUUCAGCACCUUCUUCACUGUCUGCUCAGCCUCAGCAUAAGCUUCAAAUUGGGGGCUCUUUAGAACGGUUCAGCCCCACUAAAGGCAUGUGUCCUUUGGGUCUCUUAAAGGCUCGUUUAGACCUCAAUGGAGUUGGUGGUCCGGAGAGAACUGCUCAAGACCCUUCGAUCCCCCAUCAGACAGCUCUGCUCAGCCAAACCAAGGCAAGCAGUCCUCAGACGCCAGAGAAUUUCCAGCACCAGUGUUCAGGGUGUGGUUUGGACAAUAUAUCCUGGACUGCAGGCCCCAAAGAUGGCCAGACAACCAGACCACCCCUUCCUCCUCUUAAGAUUCUCCCAUUGGACAUUGACUGUAGUUUGCAGCUGCGCCAACUUAUGCGGACGCGCUUAAACUCGGCACACAUGAAUUCAUUCACCAAACGCCUUUCCGAAGCUCUGGCCCAGGACCUCAGCAAGAGCUACCAACCCAACGGCCAUGCCUUGCCUGUUGCUCAGGACCAGGCCAUCCCGCUCAACCUCAGCAAGAAACCCACCACCAAGAGAUCUUCUGAUGACAUGGAGGUCAGGGAUUCGCAGCACCAAAACUGUGGAGAUUUGCAGGCCAAGAAGGUGAAGAUGGAACCUGAAGAUGACUGUUUGGCUCUGAAAUGGAAUAGAAGCUUGUCGGACGCUCCACUGGUCCAGGAAGAGCCGGCCGACCUGAGUUCACCACGGAGAGUUAGGGCUGUUCUACCGAGCAGGACUAGCUUAGCCUUGGCUGGCUCUGCAGCUACUUACAUACCUCCAAAUGCUAACCUUGUCAUCGCUUCAGGCAAUGUUUUCCCCUCCAGCAUGUUCUCUUUAUCUGUUCCCACUUUGAAAAAGGAGAACGAAGUGAUUCCAGUGGAUCUGAAAUUGGGGGCAGCCCCUGUAUGGAAAACAGAACUUAAGGUAACGCCUGUUUGCCAGAAUUGUGAACCUAAGAGUGAGCAAAUCUCCCAGUCUUUGCCUUACGAGGACUCCAAACUGCAGGACUUUAAAGUUCCCUCUCUUCAAGGGCUUUCUAGCUCGGACUUAUCCAAACCAUCGCAAAGCUGUUGAAAGGCAGGCAUGAGAACAUACAUGUCUGUCUAGAAAUGUCUCUCUGGUAACACUUGUCGUCUCCCCAUCACUCCUUAAUCCUCAUCACAUACACAGACAAACAGCAAUAUUAUGACAACCUCCUUGUUUGUAUACUACCUGUCUUUCUUGUCAGCUUCAGGUUCUCUGCAUACAUGUAUUAUCCUCUUUUCACCCUGUUUUUUAAUGGUCAGGACCCCACAAGACCACCACAGAGCCGUUGUGCCUGUAUACGUGGAUCAAACGUAGCAGUGCUGCUGGAGUUUUAAACUCCAUUUUUAUAUAGAUAUAUGUGUCACCCCUUUUUUCGAGCUGCUGCCGACGCAGGAUUGCCUGAGCGGCUAACGUGUUUGGAGGAAAGCGCAGCGUCUAGGUUCCGAUACAUCCGCUCACAGAUGCCUCGUGCCGCCUUUGAGCAUGAUGGGGAGAAAGUGUCAUUCCCCCCAACCCCCCCACCCACCCAGGGGGAGUAAGACAAAUUUUGCUUUCUCUAGGUGCUGGCAAAACACCAAAUUUUUUACCAUCUCACUGCUGGAUUGAAAAAAGUCCAACAACUAGAAAUAUCCUGCCAACAGCAUCAUGUUUUACAAAGUUUUGUGGACACUAAUAAUGGAACAAAACUACAGGUCGGUGUAGCUAGGUAGAAGGUGUCUAAGAAGGACAAUGAGUGAACCCAUUGUUUAAAAACUCCAGCAGCACUGCCGUAUCUGAUCCACUCAUACCAGUAACACACAGUUACACACUGCCUCCACCAUGUCAGUGCCAGGCACAGCUGAGGAAAAAAAGCCACCUCCCAAAUAAUAGCUGCUAUGUGGUGGUCCUAUGUGGUCCUGACCAUUGAAGAGCAGGGCGAAUGGUGCAUAAUAAAGUGUGGGACUACAAAAGUGCACCUAUACUUUCAGAAGAGCUGAAAAAAUUAGAAUAGUAGAAGGAGGGGGUUAUAAUUUUGUUUACUUGACUGUGUACUUUUUCAUGUUGUUUUGAAAUGGACAAUCAUUCAUCAUUCUUCUGCAGUGCAUUAGAAAUCGCUUGAUUUAUCUAUAAAAAAAAAACACUACUACUGUACUUCACCCCGUGGUUUACCCAAGGACAACCUGACUCAUGCAGUUUGAGUACAUUUAUAUAUAUACACAUAUAUACAUAUAUAUUUUAUAUCCGUAUAACUGACAUGAAGAGACUCAGUCAAUAAAGGUUAUUUAACUUGAUUUGCAGAACUUUUUUUUUUUUCUUUCUUUCUUUUUUUUGGAGAAGAGUUUAAGUAAGUAUGUGGUGCUGUUUCAUUAACAGAGAGCAGGAAUUCUAGAUCAUAAAUACUUUUAAGAUUCACAUUAAGAAGGUGCUUUUUUGAGAUGUCCAUCCGUAACAUAAUGUCCAUAAAGCCCAGUUCCACAGGGAUUGGAAGCCUACUGUAUUUUUCUAUCUAUCUAUAUUUUAUGGUCAAAAAUAUGCUAUUUUAUAUUGAAUAGUUAAUGCUUUAUGUCUAUAGUGUAUCAUUUCUUUUCUCAAUUUCUUGAUUUAUUUGUUGACAUGCCAUCAUGCGAUUGAUCUGGCGUGAUAUUGUUGCAUUUUAAUUUGUCCUCAUGUAUCUAUAUAUAUAUAUAUUUUUUCCCUCUUUGGACUUCUGCCUAUCAAAAGCAAACAGUGGCAGUAGACAUCCAUGCGCUGUUCCUAUUGUCCAUGUUGAUUUUGAUGGCUGUUGAUGAUGUUUAAACUUCAGACUUUGUGCAAGUAGUUGUUCUUUAUGCCUUAUACAGAUUUUACUUAUUCCCAGCUCUACUUUCUCAACUUUUUCUUUCACGGGCAUUGUUUAUAUUGUUAAACUCUAUUAUUGUUGAUGUAUAAUGAAAUAAGGACUGUUUAUAGCCAUCUGUGAGGGCUUGUUUUAGCCAUUUACACUUCAGUAUACAAUUCAGCACCAUGUUUACAGAGACACGGCGGAGGCGUUGACUGUAAGAGGACCACAAAUGGCUUCUCACACACUUUACCUGUCUCUUUCAACGAUAUUCCUUACUGGUUUACAGCAUUAACUCAUCCGGAUGAAUCACAAGCUGAUUGUGAUUAAAUUCAGCAGCACUGUGUAAUGAAUAUGACAUUAAUUAUUGUAUUGUAUCCAGCAGUGUUGGACACUCAAUGUUGUUUUUCUUUUCUUUAACUGUUUCAAGGCCUGUCACGAUAAUAGGGGUGUAUUGUGGUAUUUGCAAUGCUGUAUCGAUUCUCAAAAGUGAUCAAUUUUAAUGAGUAGUUAACAUGUAAAGAGUGAUACAACGCUAGAUACAUGUGUUGUGCUCUGUCCACAGAUCCUCAGUUCUGAUUGGAUAAAAAGUGAACUUUGCUUUGACUCCGAUUUCUGAAUAUAAUGCUAUGUUUUUCAUACCAUGACCAAAAAAAAUCAGGAUAAUAUUGCCUUGCUUGCAGGAUCGUGAUAUAUUGCAAUAUAUCGCAGUAUAUUGAAUCUUAAUAUCUGUAUCGUGGAACAUAUUGCACUCGCAGCUUUUGGUUACUACACAACCCUACACAAUAACAAUUUUUUUGGAUGAUAAUUUGUCACCGGAAUAAUUGAGAUUUAUUUAAGACCGCAUUAUUGCGCUCAUAAAAUGAUAAUGAAUAAUAACGCAGUUAGGCUAUUUUAAAGAGCAGUGAGCCUUUAAAUAUUAAGAAUAUUCAGAAACUGAUAUUGGAAUAUAAGUAGUUUCAACAUCCAAAAUAAUAAAACAUGAAUUCUUUUAUUUUGUUAUUAUUUUUUAAACAAAGUUUACCUACUGAUUCAUUCAAAUUAAUUUUCUCUUCUCUCCAAAUAAACACAUUGGACAAUAUUGAAGUCAGCAAAAAUGAGCAGGAAGUCAUGUCCAUUGAGUGAUAAAUGUGUAUUGUGCAAUAAAUCAGUAAGGUAAUUAUCGUGACAGGCCUAAUUGUUCUCUCUUUUUUUUGUACUUGAAUAAGAUCCCGAUUGCUCUUUCAUUUAGAAGUGAUAAGAGAAAUUAUGUGCCUGGGUUAUCAUUAGACUCACAUUCGGACAGUUUUAUUAUUAUAUGCUUGUAGCUAUUUCACAAAUCUGCCAAAAUUCUUGCUUUGGGGUCAGUAACCUUUUAAAAGAACUAACCAAUAAAUUAUUCUUUUAGAUUUGAUUUGACCCUUAAAAUUGUAUGGACUGACUAUGGAUAUUUCAGCUCGCUGUUUAAAGGAUUGCGUUGCCACCCACCUUCCUCCCCCAUCUGUUCUAGUUUGAAAGGAACCGGACUCUGACAGAAUGUCAUUACAACACUGAAUAUUUAUAAUAAUAAUAAAAAACGUUACUCUGAAA